UGGCAGUGACCCGGAAGCAGAAGUGAUUCCUGCAGGCGGAGUGCUGGCGAGAGGCAUCGGCGACCGCAGCGGCAGAAGCAGCAAUUUGUCUGUGUGCAGCCCCAAACUGAGAAGAAGAUGCUAAUUAAAGUGAAGACGCUGACCGGAAAGGAGAUUGAGAUUGACAUUGAACCCACGGACAAGGUGGAACGAAUUAAGGAGCGUGUGGAGGAGAAAGAGGGAAUUCCACCACAGCAGCAGCGGCUCAUCUACAGUGGUAAACAGAUUGACGGAACUGUACGAGAUAGGCGGGGCCAGAGCAUCCAGCUGUACCCUGAGGUGCCUGAGGUCCUGGAACGAUUGCGGGGCCUGGGAGUGCCCAUUGCGGCCGCUUCACGGACAGGUGAGGUUGAAGGAGCCAACCAGCUGCUGGAGCUCUUUGACCUUGUCAGAUACUUUGUUCAUCGGGAAAUCUAUCCAGGCAGCAAAGUCACGCACUUUGAGAGGUUGCAGCGGAAGACCGGAGUUCCUUUCUCCCAGAUGAUCUUCUUUGAUGAUGAGAAGAGGAACAUCAUAGAUGUCAGCAAACUGGGUGUUACCUGCAUUCAUGUCCAGCAUGGAAUGAGCCUUCAAACCCUAACUCAAGGAUUAGAUGCAUUCACAAAGGCCCAGGCUGGACUCUGAGGUCCAGUCAUUUGAGGCACAGAACUGAAAGGAAAUCAGGAGGGCAUUUUCAG